ACACACAAUUGAGUUUAAUUGUGCGCCUAAGUUUGAGUUCAAUGUUUGCUUCCAGGAAAAAUCAAAUUCAUGGGAAACCAGGCUUGAUUUGGCUGCAAAUAGGAGGCAGCAGAGCGGAGCGGCCGCUGUUCCACAGCCGUCUUCCUGUUUCAAAGUUCCCACGGAAAGCGAAGGACCACCCAGCGGCGCAGAGCGCGGCUCCCAUUAGCCGCACGCAGCUCAUUUGCAUUAACGUCAGUAAAGGCUGUAGGUCAAUCCUUGCGGGUGCUUUUAUUGGAUGUGCCGCUGUCAAGCAGUGCUGAAGAAUUGGAAGGGCAAACGCCAGAGAAGGCAGAGAAAAGACAAACAUGGAAUUCGCGUGAAUGUAGCUGGAUUCCGCCUUCCAGCCCCGCUCGCGUCCGCCUUCUCCUUCUCCGCCUUUAGAUCUCAAACUUGUGGACACGGAGCGGUCUUUUUUUUUUCAUUCUUUUUUUGGAUUCCCCCCUCCCUCCCUCCUUCUCUCCGUGCGUCUUUCUCAAGCAAUUGCAUUCUCCCGAGGUGGUACCUUGACACAAACUGACAGCCUCCACCCCCCCCCCCCCCCCUUUACUUCCAGAUUAGGGGGAAAUAGCUGAACCUGAAGUGUCGCCGGCUGCACCCGGGCUCAGACCUCCUGUACUGGCCGGAUCAUCCUCUGCCGGGCAGUGGAUUUCUGAAUGGAGCCUCCAGGAUCCCCGCGCGUCUUGGACUGCUGAUUUGGAGCGGUUAGAUGGAGCGUUCCGUCUGGCUUCGUGGCAUUGCGCUUCAGCACGGCUGUCUGACAUGGGAGCGACUGACCAGAAUAACACUCCGCAGUGUGAAUAUUUCAGCCUGUUGAUGAUGAUCCGCUCAGGACUGGAGCAAAGUGUCGUGAGAAUCGGUUUGUGGGCCGCGUCUUGAGCGUCACUGGAGCAUUUGGACAUUUAGAGGACUGAGAAGGCUCACCGGAUCCCGGUUGAUGGCUCCGAGGAGCGGCUGCACUUGAGAGCUGGGAGGAAGCAGAUGGAGAAAACUCAAGCUUGGGACUGCAUGGUGUGUUUUUGGCCUACUUGGUAACAGUGAAGUGCAGAGAAAAUGGUGAUGUGGUACGAAGAGGAGCCGGAGUGAAGGAUACAAAUGUGGAUUUGAGACGUGCAGGAACAACGGGACUUUUCCAGGACAAGACAGCUGCUUUGAAUAAAGAUCUCCAAUUAAGUUCAUGUGAAAGGCAGAGGGAGGAAAUCAGCUUCCUGGUCGUGGGGUGGGUGGGGGGGUUAGAUAGAUAUAUAUUAUUCAUGCCUUGUGUUAGAUUGGAGAUCCGGCUUUGCUGUGGCCUAGAUAAUAGUCACUUUCAUGUGUUCAUCCAUAGAUUUUUGGAAAGAAUAAACCUCAAGAGGAAGAGUGGACCUUCAACAUACACAGAGGGCGAAUGACACUCUUGUGAAGCACUUGGCAAAAAGGAAAAAAAAAAAAGGCUGAAGUGGGCUGAAGCAUGGGCUGUGCUUCAAGUAUUCAUAUCUCUGAUAGGGUGGUCUACCAUGGAAAAGAGUCUGAGGAUUCCCACUCACCCCAGCAGACUAAUGCCACUCAGCAUCAAGGAAAUCCUGCCUCUGGACUACCCCUGAAACCCCCCAGCUGCAAGACCACAUUAACAGAGGUGCAAUUUGGACCAAUGAAGUUAUUUAAAGAUCCACUUCAGGUACUUUUAGUUUUUGCCAAAGAGGAUAGUCAGAGUAAUGGCUUCUGCCGCGCGUGUGAGAAGGCCAACUACAGGUGCAAGAUGGCACGAACACCCGAGUCGGCUCUCGAAUGCUUCUCAGAGAAGCAUCAUGACCUUGUCAUCAUUGACCACAGACAUUCCAGACACUUUGACGCUGAAGCACUGUGCCGGUCAAUGAGAGCGGUCAACUCUUCAGAAAACACUGUGAUAGUCGCCGUUGUGAAAAGGCCAGACAGAGAGGAAGCCUCUGUGAUGCCGCUGAUCAAUGCUGGGUUUAAUAGGAGAUAUGUAGAAAAUGCCAACAUGAUGGCCUGCUACAAUGAGCUGCUACAGUUAGAGCAUGGAGAAGUGCUGGCACAGUUUAAACUGAGGGCUGGCAACGCCAUUUUCACAGCGCUGGAACAAAGCCAAGACGCCAUAGAGAUCACUUCUGAAGAUCAAGUCAUUCAGUAUGUGAAUCCUGCCUACGAGUCCAUAAUGGGCUACCAACAAAGCGAGUUAAUAGGGAAAGAAAUAAUAGAAGUGCCUAAAAGUGAGAAGAAUAAGCCUGAUCUCCUUGAAACAAUAAACUCCUGUAUACUAAAAGGAAAGGAGUGGCAGGGGAUUUAUUAUGCCAAAAAGAAGAAUGGAGACAGCGUUCAACAAAAUGUGAAGAUCACACCUGUAAUUGGACAGGGGGGAAAAAUUAGACACUAUGUGUCUAUCAACAGGCCUUUAAAUGAUAAUAAUAAGAGCGAUAAAUCCAGUGAGCGCGUGCAAGCAGAGUCUCAAACAGACAUACAAUCCAGUAAGCACAAAGACCGAAGGAAAGGCUCUCUGGACGUCAGAUCCACAACAUCUCGGGGGAGCGAUGGAAGCUCACAAAGAAGACACUCCUCCAUGGCCCGAAUUCACUCCAUGACUAUAGAGGCUCCAAUCACCAAGGUAAUAAACAUCAUUAAUGCAGCGCAGGAAAGCAGUCCAAUGCCUGUGGCAGAGGCUUUGGAUCGGGUCCUGGAGAUCCUGAGGACAACAGAGCUCUACUCCCCACAGCUAGGCACCAAGGAUGAAGAUCCCCACACAAAUGACCUUGUGGGGGGGCUGAUGACAGAUGGUUUACGCAGACUGUCAGGAAAUGAGUACAUCCUCUCCACAAAGCAACCUCACCACCUCCCCAGUCACCUGACGACCCCUCUGUCAUUAAAUGACAUCCCGCCUCGCAUUGCACAGACCAUGGAGAACGAAGACUCCUGGGACUUUGAUGUCUUUACCUUAGAGGCUGCCACCAUGAAGCGGCCUCUGACCUACUUGGGCCUGAAGAUUUUCUCUCGUUUUGGAGUCUGUGAGUUCCUAAACUGCCCUGAAGCCACUUUGCGCUCCUGGUUACAAGUGAUUGAAGCAAACUACCACUCCAGUAACUCGUACCACAACUCCAGCCAUGCGGCUGAUGUGUUGCAUGCAACUGCCUAUUUUCUCUGCAAGGAAAGAGUCAAGCAAAGUUUGGAUCCCAUUGAUGAGGUGGCUGCCCUGAUUGCUGCCACCGUUCACGAUGUUGACCACCCAGGCCGCACCAACAGCUUCCUCUGUAACGCAGGAAGCGAGCUGGCCAUCCUCUACAAUGACACGGCUGUUCUAGAAAGCCACCACGCUGCACUGGCCUUCCAGAUCACCACAAGAGAUGACAAGUGUAACAUCUUUAAAAACAUAGAAAGGAACGAAUACCGAACACUGCGACAGGCCAUCAUAGACAUGGUGCUCGCCACUGAGAUGACCAAACACUUUGAACACGUCAACAAAUUUGUGAACAGCAUCAACAAACCGCUGGCUGCUCUGGAGGAGAACGGGAGCAACAAUGACGAGGAAUCUGUCAAAAGUAUUCUGACGUCCCCGGAGAAUCGAAUCCUCGUCAAGCGGAUGCUGAUUAAAUGUGCCGAUAUCUCUAAUCCAUGCAGGCCUCAAGAGCUCUGUAUAGAAUGGGCCGGACGCAUCUCAGAGGAGUAUUUUGCACAGACGGAUGAGGAGAAGAGGCAAGGUCUGCCAGUGGUUAUGCCUGUGUUUGACAGGAACACAUGUAGCAUCCCAAAGUCCCAGAUUUCCUUUAUAGACUACUUCAUAACGGACAUGUUUGAUGCAUGGGAUGCUUUCGCAGACCUCCCUAAUCUUAUGCAGCAUUUGGACAAUAACUUCAAGUACUGGAAAGGCCUGGAUGAGCGGAAGCUGCACAGCCUGAGACCACCACCGGAGUAAGGGGCUGCAGUGUUUGCCCCCCCCCCAACACUCUGCCGUUCGAGGCAGACCCCCUAUCUCCAGCUGGGCCAAUUCUUUUGCUGCCAGCCCAGCCAGCCACAGGGCCUCCUCGCCUUCAAUCCUCCUGCCUCUGUAGCACGCAAAGCGUCCGCAUGUCCAUCCGUACAGAAACCACAGACGGACUUCCUGAUGCAGCACUAAAGCUGCUGGCUUUACAAGCCCGCCAGAUGAGAACUGUGACAAACAGACACAGAUGUGUAGAAUCCUUAUGAACCUCUCAUGCCUCUCGGGCAUUCGCAGUGUAGCUGGUAAAGUGACAUAACUGGGAAAAAAAAAAGGUCUUCACCGGUGUCUUGGCAAAGCAUCCAUCCUAUGGUUACCACGGAGGCACUCCUGUCUACCUUUGAAGUUGCUGUUAGCGUAAAAACUGCUUGUUUACAGAAGGAGCGGCUGAGUGCGUAUUCUGCAUAUGAAGGUGUCCGGUCCACGCCAGGCCAUGUAGUCACUUUUGACCUCCACCAAUCAGCUCCCAGCAAGACAGGACUACUCCUAUAAGUCCUGGAGGCAACGCCAUGAAAGAACACUCCACUGCUUUCCUUUUGUUUGUUUCUUUGUUUUCAGGCAAUAUCUUCAUAUGUCCUUCCGACACACAUCCACGCUGAUGCAUAUCUUUCACACUCGACGUGAGGGGAGAUCCUUAAUGGGUCGGGUGGGGAGGGACUUUUGUUCUAGUCCACUGCAAAGAGACAAAAAAAAAACCUCAAAACCUUGAUUAUAGGUGUUUAAUUACAUUGAAUUUGGUAAAUUAAUUUUUCUUAGAUAUUCCAUAUUUUCUAUAUCGAAAUACACAGAUUAAUUAGUUGAUUUAAAAGAAUAAACAUGCAAAAAAAAAAAAAGCCAAAGCUGAUGAACAAAAAUACAACUAUAACUCUCAAAAUUCAAAAUUGUUCCUCAUACAGAGCAUUAUAAAACAUUUUUAUUUUCUUAUCAAGAAUCCAGUACCAGUUUAAAUGAAAACUUUUGUAUUGCACUGUAAACAAUAUUAGAAAUGUCUACGUCUCAUUGAUUUGUCCAGGGAUGGGAUGUUGCAUUGGAGAAUAAGCUGUUAUUGUUGAUCAUCAGGAGAUUGCGUGCAUGUGCGAAUGUGUGGGAGUGUUUUGGUUGCUGGUGUGAGUGUGUGGGUGUACUCAUUGUUGCAACAAUCCCUUGCUCUUGGUUUAAUGCUGUAAUUCGCUUGACAUUUGACAACAGCAGAAAUAUGUGAAAACAUUUUGGACUUGAAAAGUUUUUUCUCCUAGAAAUUUUUGUAUCUGGUUUAUCCUACUGAAAAAGACUGCCUUAUUUUAUACAAUAUUUAUACAGUACAUCCCACUGUGCAACUGCAGCAGACAUCUGGAGUUUUUCUUAUAACAUAGUUUGAAGAUUAUGUUCAAUUAAAUCUCAAUAUUUUUAUAGACAAUGAAUUUUACACUGGAUUUGCAUCAGAUAAUAUCAACCAUUAUAGCUUUCACAAUUCCUGUGAAUAAAAAAAGUCACACAGUGUGUAUACAGAAGGUUAAUGGGAAAGCUAGAUGUGGAUUGCAGCGUUGUCUAUCACUGUCUUAAGCAGUCUCCUAGAGGCCAGCUUACAUUGAUUUUUGAUCAAACAUUCUCUAUUGCCCACUUGUACAACAUCCUUAUGCAAAGAUCCAGGAAAAAGCUUUUUUGUCUCUCCUCAAGGCUGUAUUCAGAUUAGAAUACUAAUAUAUGUUAAAGAUUGUUGCUUAUUAAGAAUAUUUCCUCUUUAAACAGUAUAUAAAUGCCAUAACAGCUAAGCAAGUGAUGGUUAAUAAGCUGCAUUGACCAUGCUUAUCUUUAUUUCUCUCUUUCUGAAAGAAUUGUACACUCAGUCUGGGGGAUUUGUUUGUUCCUUCUGAUUCACACUUUGGUUGGAAGGCACGAAGAAAAAAAAUAGAAACUAUUCAAUAAAAAAAUAAAAUCUCAACUUUA